GUAGUGCUACACAUUUUUGGCCGGGCAGUUUCAAAACUGACCGUGCAAAUCACGACUGCACGGCUCGCUGGCUAAUAUGUUGCCAUACGUAGAUAAUAGCAACUCUGUACCUUAGGUAGUGACGCACCAGCCUCGGAUGCGGGCACCGCCUCUACAUUAAGCAUUAAUAGAGGGCUAGCAGCAUCGUGUCAAUCACCAGCGCGUGGCCUCAGACGACAGUCACCAUCGCGGACUUCCUCCCUUUAGGAAUCAAGUUCAGAGGGUGGGUCAGGAUCGGUUUACGUUCGCAUGUGCCAGGGGGGUGAGACAACACCUUGGCUGGUCAGAGCAUGGGAAAUCACACCUCCCCCCUCCCAAGAGCGUGGGAGUUAGGGUUGGGGUGUCCGGCUCGCAGGUUUACCCUGGCACAAUCGCAUAGGUUGAAUGACGUCGUCGACGCUAGGGCGAGCGCGAUACGUAGGGCGUGCGUAGCUACAAGGGUAUAUACAGUGUACGGAUAUAUAUAAAUACGUGUGUGAUAUAUAACGGUUAUAUAUGUACAAUCUACGUACUUCAAUACAAUCUACAAUCUUAUACAUGCUGCCAUGUUUUGGGACUAAAUUUGGAGAGAGUUGGUCACUCCCAUGGCGUCGCACUCACGCGACUCGUGUGGGCUGUUGCUCGGCUCCGCGAGUCUGCGCGCUUACGGGGGCGGGCCGUUCUGGCGUGCGCAAUCAUCCCCGGCCGCACGCGCAAACGUACGCAUGUCGCAGCCGGGCGCGCGCAGGGCUCUCCUCACACAUAAUGUGGCAACAAUAUACUCAGGUGUUUGUGUCUAUAUGUUGUUAACCGUGCGGAAAAUGCGGUUGCGCGGUUUAGUUUGAGUUUCGCGCGCCGGGGACUUUGGCACCUACGAGACGUUAACUAGUUAUGGAGACAGCGUCAUCGCCGUGCAAGAACCACCUGGGAAGAGCAGUGGCCAAGUGUGUGGUGCUCAUGACUUCAGGCUGAACAGUCUGAUUCCACCUUGAUCACUUCUCUUGUGCCCAUGAGCAACGCAUUUUAUCCCAGUUUGCUUGGAGAAGGGAGUGACUUUGUCACUAGUGAGGAGAUAAGCUUCCUCUGCCGCCCCUAGCUACAGGUUGUCCUUAGGCAAGGUAUAGCACCUGUUUAGCCUCCCGUACCAGGGUUACGGUGAAGAUGCCUAAUAUAGUGGAGAUGGACUGAACACAGCAUUGACCAUAACAAAAUUGGAGGGAAGGAGAAACAUAGCUAAAGGAGUGCUGCUCUACUAGAUAAUCCACAUCAAAGACGGUAAAUAUCUUGCUCCAGCUAAAUAUCUGCUAGUGACCCAAGGAAGAUGGAGAAGAAGAAGAAGAAGAAGAAGAUUAACAAAAAGAAUGAAAAAAAUGAAAAAGAAGAAGGAAACGCCGCUGACGACAACGAAGAAAAAGAAGAAGAAGAAGAAAUAGACUAUGAUGACGAUGUGGGCAACAACCAAGAUGAUGACUUCAACAAUGAAGAGAAAUGUCUGAUCAUAGAUGGAAGAGGGAUAAUUGGUGCCAGAGUGUUGAGUCAUGAGGCUGGUAUUGGAGCAAGAUGUUUUUUCCUCCAUUCAAACACCAUGCAUGCUUAUCAUUUAGACCAGCAAUACACAGUGAGUAGUUUCUGUCCAUGUCUUAGAGAAGAGCGUGUCUUGUGGGCAUGUAUCAGAGUAAAGAGCAGCAUAUAGUGAGAGUGUUUGAUAGAGGGUGAGGAAUAGCUGGUGUAUACAUA